UUAGUGUUCCAUAGUCAGAGCAAAAAAUGCCACCGCAAAAACUAUCAAACCCAAAAGAAACGGACAAGAUUUCUCAUAAUCGCAUUUAAAAAGUCGAUUAAUUUUUAAUCGACACGAUUUAACUAUAGAUUUUUUUUGUUUACAGAAUCAUAUAUUAGGUCAGCAAAAUCUAUUGGCUACUCCAACUACAUUAAUCAUGAACUAAAAAAGUAUGAUUCGGAUUUCGUUAGUCAUCCUUGCAAACGUAAAUGCCUUCCAGGAGUUCAUAUGACAUGCUUUUAUAAACUAACAGUACACUUUUACGAAACAAUGGGUCCUAAUUGUGAACGUUGUAUCAGAGAAAGAAGACUAUGCUCUCGAGACAACUGCAUAUAUGCUGACGGAAUCAAUUCAGCUGUGGUGGCAGUAAAUAAAAUGCUACCAGGUCCACCGAUUGAAGUUUGUGAAAACGAUACAGUGAUUGCGGACGUUUUUAAUCAAUUGACAGAAGCUACAACAAUGCACUGGCAUGGCAUACAUAUGAGUGAAACACCAGAUAUGGAUGGUGCACCUUUCAUCACUCAAUACCCUAUAAACCCUGGAGAGUCUUUUAGAUACAAGUUUACAGCCGAUCGUAGUGGAACAAUUUGGUAUCACAGUCAUAGUCAUUGGCAGAGAGGACUCGGAGCAGCCGGAAGUAUGGUAAUCCGUCAACCAAGAAUCUUUGAUGUACAUGCAGAUUUGUAUGAUUAUGAUUUAACUGAACACACUAUAAUGAUUCAAGAUAUAGUGUAUAACUAUGAUUUUGAUAAACUUUCAAAUAUUUUAAUAAAUGGAAAGGGACGCAAUCACGUCAGCGGAGAUGAACAAGAUUCGAGGUAUGAAAAAUUUGAAGUUGUUCGAGGGAAUCGCUACCGUUUCCGAGUGAUUUUCAACGGAGUUUUCAACUGUCCCAUUGAAUUCUCCAUUGACAAUCAUCGUCUUCUUAUUAUAAGCACGGACGGAAACGAUAUUGAACCUAUAGUUGCUACUUCAUUCUUCAUGACAUCAGCGGAGAGAUUCGAUUUUGUAUUGCAUGCAGAUCGGUAUGUUCAAAACUAUUGGGUUAGGGUAAGGGGCUACACAAACUGCAGUAUUGAUAAUCUCUAUCAAGGAGCUAUUUUGAACUAUAAAGGAGCUUAUGAGUUGAAUGAUCAACCUAAAGAGGAAUUAAGUUAUGAUUAUAGACUAGCGGGAGUCAAGGUCAAUCCAAUAGAUCGGAAUGAUUUGAAAAGCAAAAGUCUUUCCAUAACGGAGCUUCGAUCUGUUCGCCCUGUCGAAUGGUACGAGUCAACUAAAUUUCAAACAUUUUAUUCAAGUUUUGGUGUUUUUGACCGCAACGGAGAUGUUCAAAUGCAAAUUGACAAUAUAACUUAUACAAUGCCUGGAUUAUCUUUACUACAAUCUAAAGAUAUAUUAGAUAACUCGAUGUUUUGUAACAAAACUACUCUAGCCAAUGCAGGGAGAGAUUGCUCCAUAGAAGCAUGUCAAUGUGUUAACGUAUUAUCAUUUCCAGCUUAUUCACCUAUUGAGUUGAUUGUUGUUAAUUACAUGGGUGGAACCCAUCCAUUUCAUAUUCACGGUUACACAUUUAGAGUCGUUGGACAGGGUGUACUACAAGAGAAUAACGUAUGGAGGAUUGAAGAAUAUAACAGAUUAGGUUUAUUGAGUAGAAAUGACUUCUUUCCGGUUGAAAAAGAUUCGGUGCAAAUUCCUGGAUUUGGUUAUAUAAUCAUUCGAUUUUUGAGCAACAAUCCUGGAUACUGGAUGUACCAUUGCCAUAUUGAAAAUCAUUCUAUACUCGGAAUGAUGGCUGUUCUUCAAAUUGGCGAGCCAUAUGAGAUGAAGAAUAGUUUAAGGUCAACACUAAAGUGUUAAUUAAUUGUUUUUAUUAGGCGUGUUUUUUCUACAACUCAGUAGCUACUCAUUUUUUUAUUUUAUUCGAAAAACAAUAAAAACAAAUACUUGCUUGUGUAAUUAUUAUUAUUUUUUUGCGAAUAAAAUGAAAAAUGAGUAGCUACUGAGUAAUAGAAAAAACACGC